CCAAUUUCUCUUGAUAAACAACGGUCGACUUUUCAAAAUGGAAUCUCGUGUGUUUUGUUUUGUUGCAUGAUUUUGCUAACUUGCAUCGUUUAAGAAUUUGGUUGUUUUUGAGAAAUAUGGGGGAUGUGUUUUUGUAACGUUACUUGUUUUGCUUGUUAACUGCAUUUUCUUCUUAUUUGAAAAAAAGACUUACUAAAAACUACUUAAACCAGGCCCUCGUCUACAUACUCAUAAGAAAACCAACUGUAACGAGGAUUAGCUUUAAAAAGUUAUUCAGCUAUUUUUUUGGCCCAAAAUCGGUUUACAAGAAAGCGUUUCAGUAGAGCCACGGGCAUGCAACAAUGGAUGUCAAACAGAAUAUCAGAAUAAAAAGACUGUCUUCAGGGAAGAGAUCCAGAGAAAGGAUUAAAACGUUUUUGACACCUGCCAAAAAGAGGGGAAGUAAUUCUUCUAACGGUGCACUCGUGACAGAUACUCAACCUGCAGAGUACUGCAGUGAUAAUGAGGACUUAUUUGGAGGAUAUGAUAGUAUUCUGGAGGACAGCUCUAUCCUGGCAAAGUUGGAUUCCCUAGAAGCACAAACGGUGCAACAUGAUGACUGCAGCUUAUCUGAAAACAAACCUGAAGAUCACCAACAUGCUGGCUUUACUGCUCUUAGAUCUUCAGGGACUACAUCUGUAAACCAAGCACGCAAAGCUUCUCUCACAGACUCAAUUUUAAAUUAUCUAGAAGAGGAACCUUUUACAGACUUGCCAGCCUCGCAGCUUGCAUUUCAAGAAAUAUUUAAGAACACCAAAGGGCAAAAUGUAAAUACAACUGUUGAUAAAACAUCUACUCCUCUUAAGGACUUUCCCAGAAGGACAGAAAGUGACAUUAAACAAGCUGAGACUGUGAAUAAAGACAACGGACAAGCACAUAAACCCAAUGUGAGGAAAAGCAUGAGUGACCAUCUCAAAAGGACUAUGCUCUUAAAUGCUGCAGCUCCUACCAGUGUUUCACGCAGUGUGGAACAGAAAGAGGCAGUCGUUUCUGAUGAGAUCAAUGUUGCUCUACAAGCCAUGCAGACUGUAUCCUCACAGACCACUGAUUUAGGACCUUUCUUUGGGCUACCCACUAAAGUCAAAGAUCUUUUACACAAACUUAAAGGAAUUAGGAGUCUUUAUGAUUGGCAGGAAAUAUGUCUAAACCUGGAUUGUGUUCAGCAAAGGAAGAAUCUAAUCUAUUCCUUGCCUACCAGUGGUGAAACACUAGUUGCAGAGAUCUUGAUUCUCAAAGAACUGCUUUGUCGAAAGAAAGACUGCCUGUUCAUAUUGCCAUAUGUCUCACUAGUGCAAGAGAAGGUGCGUGGACUCGCCAGCUUUGGAAUAGAACUAAACUUCAUGGUAGAGGAAUAUGCUGGUAGCAAGGGCAAGUUUCCACCAGUGAAGAGAAGAACAAGCAAGUCUUUAUUUAUAGCCACUAUUGAAAAGGCUCAUAGCCUGGUCAACUCUUUGAUAGAGACCAGUAGGUUAGACAACCUUGGGCUGGUUGUUGUAGAUGAGCUUCAUAUGUUAGGUGAUGGUGCUAGAGGAGCAAUUAUUGAAAUGACACUAGCCAAGCUUCUCUACAUGAGUAAAACAACUCAUAUUAUUGGGAUGAGUGCCACUCUGGGAAACAUUAAAGAAAUCCAGACAUUUCUAAAUGCAGAAAAUUAUACUAAUGACUUCAGACCUGUUCAGCUUAAGGAGUAUGUCAAACUUAAAGACACAAUUUAUGAAGUGAACCCUAAAGAGGAGGAAUGUUUCAAGCUCUAUCGUCCUCUCAGUUAUAAGUAUUCCAGUGGGAUGCAGAAAAUUGACCCAGAUCAUAUCAUCGCCUUGGUUACGGAGGUCAUUCCUACACAUUCCUGCCUUGUUUUUUGUCCCACCAAAAAGAACUGUGAAAAUGUAGCAUCAAUGAUUUGCAGAUAUUUGAAAGAGGAUUUUGUAAGACAUAGAGAGGCAGAGAAAUCAACACUUCUUCAAGAGCUGCAAGAUAGCGGAAAUGGGAAUAUGUGUCCUUUGCUCAGAAGGACUGUUCCUUUUGGGAUCGCCUACCACCACAGCGGCCUUACAACUGAAGAAAGAAAACUAGUCGAGGAGGCCUAUACCAGUGGUGUCCUCUGCCUCCUAACUUGUACAUCCACACUGGCGGCUGGAGUCAACCUUCCAGCUCGCAGAGUUAUUCUGCGCUCACCAUUUGUUGCCACUGAAUUUCUAAAGAGAAGCCAGUAUAAGCAGAUGGUGGGUAGAGCUGGUAGAGCGGGGAUUGACACAAAGGGCGAGAGCAUCCUUAUUCUCCAGGAGAAAGAGAAGAACAUGGCCAAGUCACUUCUCUGUGCCCCAGUCGAGAACUGUUACAGUAACCUAAUGUAUGAUGGCGGAAAAGGAAUUUUGAGUCUCAUCCUGUCACUCAUUGGAUUAAAUAUCACCACAUCAUUGGAGCAGUUGAAGGACUUUCUGUCUGGCACACUUCUGUCUGUUCAAGAGAAGCAGCUGUGUGUAAAGAAGUCUCUGUGGGACUCUGCAUUGGAGUGUGUUGGAGUGCUCAAAGAGAAGGGGCUCAUCACUGUCAAAGGUGAAGCUCAAGACAUAACGCUGCAAGUCACUCGUCUGGGAAAAGCCACUUACAAAGGCUCAGUGGAUCUGACCUACAGUGGCAUGCUGUACAGCGACCUCUCUAAAGGUCUGGAGGGGCUACUGCUCAACAGUUACCUCCACUUGGUGUAUCUGGUCACACCUUAUGAUUUGAUUUCUCAGUGUAAGCCUGAGUGGAUGAUUUAUCUCAGACAGUUUACCAUGUUAUCUGCAUCAGAGCAGAAAAUGUCUGCAGCAGUUGGUGUCCCAGAGAGUUUUGUUGCCCGAAAAGCUGCAGGUCAAACCAUCAAAAAGAAUACUGACAUGCUGGUAGUGACCAGAAUGUACCUUGCAAUGGUGCUUUUCUCCUUACUCAAGGAAUCAAACCUGUGGAGUGUGGCUGAAAAAUUUCAACUAAGUCGAGGUUUUAUCCAAACACUGCUGAGUUCAGCAUCUGCUUUUUGUUCCUGUGCUCUGCAUUUUACGGAGGAACUUGAGGAGUUUUGGCCAUAUAAAGCUCUAUUGUCGGAGCUGAUGCGUCGAUUGAGCUAUUGUGUUCAAGCUGAGCUCAUCCCUCUGAUGGAAGUGGCAGGUGUCAUGGAGUCCAGAGCAAAGCAACUUUAUAAUGCUGGUUAUAAGACACUGUCUCACCUUGCCAAUGCGGACCCCACUGUUUUAUCAAAGACAAUUGAAAACCUUUAUAAGAAGCAAGCCAGUCAGAUAGUAGCCUCUGCCAAAAUGCUUCUUAAUGAAAAAGCAUCAGCCUUGCAGGAAGAGGUAGAUGACUUGCUUAUGAUGCCCAUAGACCUACCUUCAUACACCACAGCGGAGUUAACUUGAGAACGCAGUUAUAAAUGUAAACUGGUCACAUUAUUUAUUUUUUAAUACAUUAUCAUACAUUUGUAUCAUAUUAAAAUAAUGUCUGUCCUCUGUUUUAUAAAUUGUUGUCUGGAAUUCUUCUAAAUGGUAGGUGUCUGCAUAUUGAAAUGCAGUAUAGUGCAGUAAGUUAGUGUAGGUCUUCUUGAGCAUGUCCUGUCACUGUCCAAGGCCCCAGUGCUGUUUGGAGCUAAGGCUGACAUCCCUGUGGAACUACAAAGGAAGAAGCGCAGAGGAUGUUGAGCUGGAGUGAAAUUGAAACAGGGGAAAAGGAAAUUCAAGCCUGCUUUUCCGUUGGUCCUGAUGGGGGAAAGUAUGGUCACUGAGAAAUAUGAUGGACGAAUUGUGUGCUCUUGUUUGGACCCAGAGGGAGUACACUGUCAACAGUAUCAUGUGCUUCACGGAGACCUGGUUUCAUAUGAACUUCCCGGACAACAGUGCAUCUGUACCAGGCGUUAAGACUGUGCGUGCGGACAGACACUCUCCUUAGAGGUAAGAAGGGCGGCAGGAUUGCUGUUUCUGUGAAAGAGGUGGCCAUAUUACUGCGAAGGAGUGUAUCUGUUCACCGGACAUUGGCUUUGGGAAUGUGUCCAUAUUAUUUGCCAAGGGAAUUUACUUCUGUCCUGUUCAUUGGAGUUUAUAUCUCUCCCUCAGCGGAUGAAGAUGCUGCCUGUGACAGGAUACACACUGUGGUUGCUGGGCUGCUGUCAAAACACCCAGAAGCUCUACUGAUUUCUGGUGACUUCAGCCAUGCUUUCUUGAAUGGUGAUUUACCCACACUUCACUAGUAUGUGGACUGUAGGUCUCGGGACAAUAGAACUCUGGCCCUGCUGUUUUCCAACUCUAAAGCAUACUGUGCCACUGCCCUGCCCCCACUGGGAUGAUCAGACCACAAUCUUGGCCUCUUAAAGUCUCACUAUGUCCCUGCGGUGAAGAUGCAGCCUGUCACCACUAGGACUGUAAGGAAAUGGAGUCAGGAAGCCAACCACUUCAGGACUGCUUUGAGACCACAGUCAGGGAUGAGCUCUGCCAGCCGCAUGGGGAUAGCAUCGACAGCAUGAUGGACUGUGUAACAAAGUAAAUCAACUUCUGUGAGGGUAGAGUCCUGUCUCUGUUGCUGUUCACUCUGUACACCCCUGAUUUCCAGUACAGCUCCUGCCACCUGCAGAAGUUCUCUGAUGACUCUGCAGUGGUUGGAUGUAUGUGUAUCAGAGGUGGACAGGAGUUGGAGUACAGGACAUGAUUGCAAACUUUAUGGUGUCCCAGGCAAACCAUCUGCUCCUGAAUGUUGACAAGACCAAGGAACUGGUGAUAGACUUAAGGAGAAAGAAGACACCAAUGGAGCCCAUCACCAUCCAGGGCCAUGUGGUGGAAAUAGUGGACUGCUACAAGUACCUUAAUGUCCAGGUGAAUGACAGACUGGACUAGAGGAACAACUGUAAUGCUGUGUACAAGAAGGGCAUGAGUAGACUCUACUUCCUAAGAAAAUUCAGGUCUUUCAAUGUAUGCAGCAAGUUAUUGGAGAUCUUCUACCAGUCUGUGGUAGCCAGCGCCCUGUACUUCGCUGUGGUGUGCUGGGGGAGCAGCACCAGUAAAA